ACCCCCACCAUUUAUAACCACACCCACAUGUAAAUCCGUUAAACCCAAUCCCCCUCUCUCCCUCCUCUCCAAACCCGCAAGUCAACAACGAUGGCUCCACCUCUCCCUCGCUUACUCCUCUUCUGUUCUCUCCUCCUCCUUUGCCUCACCAUCCCCGCCUUAGCCCACAGCGGCCACGACGACGACGACGAAACUGAACCCGCCACCAACGACAGCGAAACCCCGCAUGACCUCCGUUCGAGGCCUCUAAUACUAGUCAAGAUUUGGUGCCUCAUCAUAAUAUUUUUUGGGACGUUCGUACCCGGAGUUUCGCCUUAUUUCUUCAAGUGGAAUGAAGGGUUCUUGGUUUUGGGUACGCAGUUUGCUGGAGGUGUGUUUUUUGGUACGGCGAUGAUGCACUUUCUGAGUGAUUCCAAUGAGACUUUCAAGGACUUGACCGAAAAAGAAUACCCUUCUGCAUUUAUGUUGGCUUGUGGGGGAUUCUUGCUUACAAUGCUUGCUGAUUGUGUCAUUUCCUAUGUGUUCCUCAAGAAUAAGAGUGGUGUGUCGGCUGCUGAUCUUCAGGUUCAGGGUAAUAUCGAGCAGGGAAAGGGUGGUCAAUAUGGCACUCAGAGCCAUAACCACUUUGCAAAUGCAGUGGUUGCAAGCGCUACUUCACUUGGGGACAGCAUCUUGUUGAUAGUAGCCUUGUGUUUCCACUCUGUGUUUGAGGGCAUUGCAAUUGGAGUCGCUGAGACUAAAGCCGAUGCUUGGAAAGCCUUAUGGACUAUUUCUCUUCACAAGGUAUUUGCGGCCAUUGCCAUGGGCAUUGCUCUCCUUCGAAUGAUGCCUAACCGUCCCUUCUUAUCAUGCGCUGCCUACGCUUUUGCAUUUGCUAUUUCAAGUCCUAUUGGUGUGGCAAUCGGAAUCCUAAUAGAUGCGACAACCCAAGGAGCUGUGGCUGAUUGGAUAUUUGCGAUUUCAAUGGGUCUAGCAUGUGGAGUGUUCAUAUACGUAGCAAUAAAUCAUUUAUUGGCGAAGGGCUAUAGACCCGACAGAGCAGUUUCAGUCGACAAACCCCAGUACAAGUUUCUGGCAGUUUUGUUGGGUAUUGGGGUAAUAGCUGUUGUGAUGAUUUGGGACACUUGAAGUCAUUGUUCGUGCACGAUUUGUUUGUGGAAGAAAGCGUUCGGAAGUAUAGAUUUGUUAGUAGCAAGUCAAGGGGUUGGUAGAUGUGAUUUUGGUUUUAUUUAGAUUUUUGCUAUCAUAAGUUAUUAGUUCAGGAUAGAGAGCAGUGUUGUAAUGAUCUCCAAAUAUUUUUAUUUUGUAUGCAUAUGGAUACAGUUAUAAACAGAUGCUUUCCGGGUUUAUAUAUAUAAGCAAUAUUUGGGGAAGAGGAUUCGAGCUCAGUACCUCAGGCGCAGGAGUAAACAUCCUUAACCAUUUAUGACAAGUCCCUUGGCCUUUCCAGAAUGGCUUGCUACAAUCUUCUUAAGCUCUCUCUCCUCCUCUGCCUCAUCCUGGGCCAACGGUGGGCAAGACGACGAUGAAAGCAACAAGAGCGACAACGUUCACACCCUUCCCUCCAAGCCUCUAAUAUUGGUGAAGAUUUAGUGCUUGGUUUUGGUGUUUGUACGGACAUUUGGAGCCAGAACGUUGCUCUACUUCUUUAAAUGGAACCAAGGGUUCUUGGUUCUUGGCACGCAGUUUGCCAAGGGUGUAUUGUGUUCAUUCACUUCUUGAUGCAUGUCAAUAACUGUGAUCCUAUGCUAUGUUAUGUGAUGCUUACAAUCCAAACCUUCAACUUUUUCUCAUGCA